AUGGCGGCGGUCCUUCCCCUCGUCGGGGAGCAGGUGGCGUUGCUGGCGCCGCUGGUCAAGGCGGCAGCUGCAGGGGCUGCUGAAGGCGGCGGCGGGCGGCAGGUGGUGGCCGCCGCGGUCGCUUCGGCCCUUCGCGUGGGCGCUUCUCUCCUCGCCCCGCGCCUGGCCUCCGAGGUGGACGAGGAGGUGGCGGCAAGGGAGCAGCUUGGAAGGCCCCACCUGACCGAGAUGGUGCGGGCGGGCCGCGAAGGCGUCGUGGCUCGGCCCUCUGGGGCCAGUCGCGCCUUCCGCGGCUGGGCCCAGCACGCCGAUUUCGGCGCAGGGCCGCAGGCGGCGCCCACCACGGCGGCCGAGGCCCGGCGCCGGGCGCGUGGCCGCCGUCGUAGGGCUGGCGAUGCAGCGUCGGCUCCCACCACGGACGGCCUGGAGGACGAGAAGGAGGAGCUGCAGGUGAAGGUCUCAGUGCACCCUGGCGCUCGGCCGAUGGGGGAGCUGAUGAAGAAGGACUUCAAGUGCGCCCCUGGAUGCCAGGCCACCCUGGAGGUCAAGGCGGUGGGGUCGGCCAUUGACGAGCUGGUCCUGGAGAACACUCGGCUGCUCAAGGGGGAGACCAAGCGCGACUCCGACAAGCUCGGCGUGAAGGACUCCAUGGAGAAGCGGCUGCCGCUGACCGUCAGCGCUGCCAAGCAGAUGGUCCUGGACGCCGCGUGCGCCGUGAAGAUGCUGGAGCACCAGCUGACCCAGGCCCGAUCCGCGCACGAGGCCGCCUGCGUGGAGGUCCUCGGCGCGGGCUUCGCGCCGUCGCAGCUGUUCGACAACGGCUGGGCUGGCCCGUGA